CCUGUGCAGCUCUGCCAGAAGGAAGCCCAGGGUAGGAGCUGUGCCAGGCAGCAGUUGGCACGCUAUGGAGCGUCGGAGCAAGAUGGAGUUUUUCCAGAAACUGGGCUACAGCCAGGACGACGUGGUCAGGGUGCUGGGCAAACUGGGUGACAGCGCAUUGGUCAAUGACGUGCUACAGGAGCUGAUCCAGACUGGUAGCCGCCCGAGGGUCCAGGACGAUCCGGCCAACAGCACUGGGGUAGUGCUGACGCCCCGGGGAUGCUGCGGAGCCCGGGACUCUGCCCAGCAGGGCCUGGGAUCAGGCCUGGAAGAGGCUGACGGAGAUCCAGCCAGUUACCUGCGGCCCAUAGUGAUCGAUGGCAGCAAUGUGGCCAUGAGCCAUGGAAACAAGGAAGCCUUCUCCUGCCGGGGAAUUCGUCUGGCUGUGGACUGGUUCAGGGACAGAGGACACACCUACAUCAAGGUUUUUGUCCCAUCUUGGAGGAAAGAGCCAUCAAGAUCUGAUACCCCUAUCAGAGAGCAGCACGUGCUGGAGGAGCUGGAGCGACAGGCUGUGUUGGUGUACACCCCGUCCCGCAAGGUCAACGGCAAGCGAGUGGUCUGCUACGACGACCGCUACAUUGUGAAGGUAGCCUUUGAGAAAGAUGGUAUCAUUGUCUCCAACGACAACUACCGGGACCUGCAGAAUGAGAACCCAGAGUGGAAGUGGUUCAUCGAGCAGCGACUGCUCAUGUUCUCCUUUGUAAAUGACAGGUUCAUGCCUCCUGAUGACCCCCUGGGCCGCCGUGGACCAACCUUGAGCAAUUUCCUAAGCAAGAAGCCAAGGCCCCCAGAGCCGUCUUGGCGGCACUGUCCCUAUGGCAAGAAAUGCACCUACGGGGUCAAGUGCAGAUUCUACCACCCGGAGAGGCCACACCACGCGCUGCUGCCCGUGGCCGACGAACUCCGCGCCAAGACGCGGGCCUGGCCGGGCGGUGGCGCCGAGGAGCAGCGGCCACCGAGUGUCCGGAGCAGCCCCGCAGCACCCCGGCCGCUUCCCCGGGAGCCCGGCGCGCACAGUCUCCCACCGGCGCCGCAGCCCGAGACCCUGGGCGCCCUGAGCCGGAGUUUCUCGCGGCUGACCUUCAGCGAAACCCCGGCCAGCUGCGUCUCGUCCCAGACGCGGGAGCCCGACUGGAUGCCCACAGGUGGCCCCUCGUCCUGGGCCGUGCCAACCCCUCGCGCGGGCAGCGCUACUGCCCCGAGGUCGCCGGGGCUGCGAGGCCUCCGGACUCUGAACAACCCGCUCUCCUUGGGCGAUCUUGGGUCCCCAACCUGCCCGCAGGCCCAGCCGCCAGACGGACACCCUUCCAGGGACAUGCACAGUGACUUGCCUCCCCAGCGCAGAUCCCUGGAAGAUCCGUGGAACCUUCUCUCCAGCUCCUACCGUUAUCUGAGUCACCCAGCCUGGGCCGAGUCUGCUUGGGGCGAGGACGGCUUUAGAGGACCUUCGGGGUCAGCACAGCCAGCAGCCAAUGGUGGGGGAGCACGCACUGCUUUCCACAGUGUCUUCCCAACUGAUCAAGGAGACAGUGGGAUGGCCUCGGAUCCUGCGCUCUCCAACCUGGCUCUGCUCACGCUCCAGCAGAGAUCCCAAAGGACUGGUGCGCAACUGGGGGACCCUUAAGAAACAGGUUCACAACACUGCAAGGAAUUGCAGAAGCUUGACUUGCACCUUGGACAGGUGGGAUGCAAGACGAUUGCCACCCUGGAUGUGAGUCACCGUUAUUGGUCCCCUGUCUGUAGGAGACUUCCUUCUCAUCCUCGAUGGUGGAUACCCAUGGCGAUCUUGGGGAUGCUCCCAGGGCCUGCUGAAUGGGCAGGAUGCUUUCUGAUGUGUUCAGAACACGUCUGUGUUUGGCUCUAAGUACCAGCCACAAAACGUUUCAGCUGGCCAUCACCACAAACCAAAGAGAACACCCAAGUAAUCAAGA